GGCUAAUCCUAACACUAGAACCUAACCGGCUGGAUCUCGUCGCGGACUCCGUCUCCGUCUCCGGCUCGACGUAACGAUCGGAGCAUCGAGAAGGAAGCAGUGGAAACAAUGGGAAAGCCAUUGCACCUGAUCGUGAUACUGCAGCUAUCGUCCGCGUUCGCUUACAGGUACGAUCCUUGGUAUCGCGCGGACACGCAGCGUCCAGUUGACGCGAUCACCGAUGUCGUCAACGAGCUCGGGGUGAGGAUCCUUCAGCAAUAUUUGACGCGUGGAAACGUCGCGUUCUCGCCAACGGGGGUUGCCUUCGUAUUAGCGGCACUCUACGAAGGAUCCGCGGGUAGAGGAAGUCAACAAAUCGCCGAGGCCAUAGGUCUACCAGCCAAUCGGGAUGUUACCAGGAUCGGUUUCAGGGAUAUUCACCGACGAUUACGAAGCUACCUUAACGCCGACGGCUUCCUGGGCGGUUUGACGCUAAGCAGAGAAAAUACCAGACUCCGUCCUGAGUAUGAAGACAUUCUGAGAUUUUAUGGCUUCGAUUUGUCGAGUAUUGAGCAAGAAGCGAACGUUACCGUUAGCAUGGAAGACUCAUCAGGUAUAACUGAACUUCCGACAUCCACGAUCGGCUCAAGCAUGCCAUCAACAGAGAUGGCAAACACUGAGAAUGUGCCGGACAUGACGACGACAACAUCAACGGGUGCAAUCACGACGCUUCCUCCGGCUGGUGCGGAAACAACAGUCGUUCCAUCGACCGCAGCGGGCGUUACUCAGCAAACUGUCACGAUGGCAUCGACGGGUGCAACCGAUGUACAAUCGACAUUGGCUCCGGUCACCAGCACCGGAACAAUUGUCCAGAAUACAGUGCCGACGCAAUCGACAAAUUCCUUAACGGCGGUUACUUCCGACGAAAGUAUUCAACCGACUCCAUCCGCUGGUGCGGAAACUGUCGCGAGUUCGCCGAAUACUCCGAUUACUCCGAUAGUAAACACAGACAGUCAAAUGAUUCCAACUACAACUGUAGUCACCGUCGCGAACAAUCAGGAUCAGCAAACUUCCCCAACAAUCAUCGCGAGCGAUAGUGCAACGAGUGCCAGCGUUUCUAACGAGAGCGUUCAACCAUCGACAGACGCAGGAAUGACAACAGCAGCUGCGACUGAUGCUAACGUGACGGUAUCGAUGAGUACUGAUGUUUCAACUUUCGCUACGAAUACCGAGGUACCAAUGACAACGAAUAUGUUGAGUUCGGACCCACCGGCUACAAUCGUCGCGGAUCCAAGUACCGACGCAUUAGCCGCGAGUUCAGUCAACAUGACGCCCAUUAAUACAAUUAUUCCCAAUACGAUCUUGAGUACCGUUACCAUGAAUUCGUUAACUACUGUGGUACCAGUAAUGUUGAAUAGCGCGAACGUGACUAUCUCGAGUCCCGUUACCGAAACGGUGAUGAUGAACGGCGUUAAUUCGCAAUCGAGUACCGAAAUAUCGGCAGAUACUUCGGUCGAGAAUACGCCAGGAAUGACCACUGUAAAUGACCUCACAAUGACGACGAUGACCAAUAUUGAUGAUGCUGUCGCAGUUAAUUCUGUCACCACCGUGGUACCGCCUGUCUCAGCAACAAACGCGAACAAUCUUGCUGAAAAUAACUUCAUGAUCGCGAAUUCUACGAUGAGUUCUAUAGAUAAUCAAACGGCCGCAUCUCUUGUGGAUGAAAAUACGAUUUCGAAUCGAAAGAAGAAAGAUAUAACUAAUCUGACAGAUAAUAUAAUUAACAGCAAUACCGUUAAAGAUGAGUUACAGGAUAGAUCGCCGAAUCUUCGUAAACGCAAAGCGAGAAGUCUGCGCGGAUAUUUCUCUAGCUAUCCAGACGAAGGUAUUUGGAUGCAAAAUCUAGAAAUUUGGAAGUCUUAUAAUACAGUAAACCCUAGUGAAUCCUCCAUCGGAGAUUCAUCAGCUGAGAUGUCGUUUUUGGUGAACGGUUGCGACAUUUCCUCGGUAUCGGCUUCGAGAUACAUCGCCGUGUUGCCUUUCGCGUAUUUCCCAUCGUUGCAAGCUGUCGCGCUCGAAUUUCCUUUGGACGAUCCCCGAUACAACAUUAUACUUUUCAUGCCCACGGAUAAAACGGACACGCUUCGUCUGGCGAGGGAUCUUAGCGGAAAGUCAUUGAGAUUGUUGAGGAAGCGAUUACAGCCUACUUGGGUCAGGGCCACUAUACCUUCGUUCAUGCUGCGUGGUUUCGUCACAUUGACGUCAUUUUUGCAAAGACUGGGCAUCCUGGAUGUGUUCGAGCCAAGAGUAGCCGAUUUAUCGCCCAUGACAUCCGAUCUCGGUGUAUACGCUAGAGAUGUGCAACAGAGUAUAGGGGUCAAUAUAAGGAAUUAUAUGAAACCCGACCGGACCCAUUCUCGUGAGUCGUCUAAUGUCGUUCCACCUCGAAGGGACUAUUAUCGAUAUCUACCGCCAGGUAAUGGUCUAUUCGAAAGAGCUGGACCUGAACCCUUUACAGCUUUGCAUCCCUUCCUUUAUUUCAUCGUCGACACCGAGACUUCAGUGAGUUUAAUCGCCGGUCGAGUGGACGAUCCGCUUAAUUCGAGAAUAUUGUAGGGAUAUAUAUAUAUAUAUAUAUGAUUUAGAUCGAAGGUUUAAAUAAACACUCGUUUAUUUGACGACACUUAUAAAUAAUUCCAUAAUGUGGACUUCUCCUAUUAGCUCGCACACAAUUAUUAUCAAGUAUACGCAAUUAAUAUUGUGCUCUGUACAAAAAUUCCUAUUUGUAAAUAAAGAAAUAUUAAAGAUAAAAAAAGUAGCCCCCACACAGUGAGCAUAACUUGAAAUGUGUAGAAUUGAGCAUUUGGAAGAAUAUUUCAAGCUGUCUCACGCUGUAGAGCGAAGGACAAACUUUCUAUACAUCUUGCUAAUCAAUAAAAGCAGAUACUUAUACGUUUGUUUCGAAAACUACGAGAAUCGAAAUCGCAAUUAUUGUAAAAAAAAUUCAUACUUUUCUCUGAUUUUCUUUAGCUCUUUCGUCUAAGUUACAGGAUCGACAGUAUCUGGCUUUAAAACUGACUUUACAACAAUAGAAUAGGUCGACAAUUAUGUAAUUUACAAAUUUACGAUUCUUUCGUAAUUUUUUU